AUGUCAAACGCCGCGGCGCUGCAUGCGAUUCGCUCCUCGGUGGCUGCAACUGGCCCUGGUGGUCGCUCCUCUGUGAGCGGCAUUGUCGCCACCGUUUUCGGCAGCACCGGCUUCUUGGGCCGCUAUGUCGUCAAUCGCCUCGGUGGUACGGGUUCACAGGUGGUGCUGCCCUAUCGCGGCGAUGAGCACGACUGGCGCCACCUGCGCGUGACUGGUGACCUAGGCCAAACGCACUUUUUGCCGUUUCAACUUCUGGAUCGCGCCUCGGUCGAGAAAGCCAUGAAGUACUCGGACGUUGUCAUCAACUUGAUUGGCCAGAGCUGCGACUCGCGCCAUUUUGCUCUCAGCGAUGUUCACGUUGAAGGUGCCAGGAUAAUUGGCGAGGCGGCUGCUGCGUCGGGUGUCGAAACCCUCAUCCAUGUGUCUUCCAUGAAUGCCGACGCCGACUCUGAAUGCGACUUUUACAAAACCAAGGCUCUGGGCGAAGAAGCCGUGCGUUCAGCAUUCCCCGAUGCCAUCAUUGUCCGUCCUUCCGAUGUUAUUGGCUUCGAGGACCGCUUCCUGAACCGCUUUGCUGAGUGGCGAUCAUUCCCUUUGACUGGUCAGCCCUUGUUCGACGGUGGCAAGGCCACCAAGCGCCCUGUGUUUUCGCUGGAUGUGGCUGAUGGUAUCAUUGCCGCGGCCUCCAACGCCAAGUACAUCAAGGGCCAAACUUUGGAAUUCUUCGGGUAUGCUUUUUUUUUUGUCCAUUUUCCUGGGUCUUCCGUCAAGCUGUCACGCAGCACUGAUUUCAAUCUUGGUAUGAUCGACCUGCGCGUUAGUCCCCGUGAGUACACUGUGAAGGAGCUAGUCACGUUUGUCAACCAGACUAUUCGUCUUCCCAACAACCCAACCAACGUUCCCGUGGCUGUCGGCCGGGCCGUGGGCCGCGCCUUUGAUCGCCUGCCCCUGGAUCCCAUUAUCAGCGAGCAGGAUGUUCUCCGGCUGUCGACUUCGGACAAGCUGAGCAAGAAUGUCAUCACUUUGGAGGAUUUUGGCAUUGAGGGCACCACCAUGGAACGCGUGGCCCUCAACUGGCUGCGCCGCUUCCGCAAGCCCAGCCAGCACGAUGACUUGCUGGAUGUCCCGCACUAAACUCCGCCUAGGCGGACGCCUUUUUUUCAUCUUGACGGUGGGCCCACAUCCCACAGGUGCCGACCUUUUCCAGAUUCCUGCUCCGUCCCUUCCUCUUUUCCCUUUGUGGACGUGCAGUUCCUACACGGGCGUCUUCUUUGGAGACGUUUGCGUUUGUUCCCCCCUACUUUUGUGUUCUCCCAGGUUCUUUUUCCCACUUUCUUCCUGCACUCUCGUCCAUUUUUUUUUUCUCGUUCUCUGUCUAUCAUGGCUUGAUUCUUUGCCUCCAAGCUGCCGGGCCUCUGCGACUCGUGGUCGUGUUGUGUCUGUGAGUGUGCUUUUUUGUUUUUAUCACAUGUCAACAAGCCUGGAUCUUGGGACAAAUGUUCCACCCAGCUCUGCGAUGCUGGUUUUUCGCCUUGUGCGCCGUAGCGAAAAGAAAUCCUCUAUAAUGAGCAUGAAUGGAGCGUCAGGAGGCUCCUCUCCCGAUCAAACUUUUCUUUCUCCCAUGUUGUUCUGCCGAGAGGCGUUCGGGCUUGGUAGCUUCCAACCCAUCCAACGGCUCCAAAUCGAAACUGGAUCCUUU